AUGAAGCUCCUCCCCCUCGUCUCCGCCGCCGCCACCACCACCAUAUUCUCACUCGCCCCCGCCGCCCCCUCCGACCCCACACAAUCCCCCCGCUCCGGCAACCUUGCCAUCUGCAAGCGCACUCAACAAGACACAAUCACAUGGAAGUUCUCCGUGGAGACAUUUGGGCCAUGGGGUCGGGACUUUGGCAGCGGGCUGCUGAACAACCUGCAUGACCGGUGCGGGCAGAUCGACGGCUGGGGAUUCGACUACGCCGGCGACAAGGGUGAUAAUGGCGAUAGUGGCGAUAAGGGCGUUGCAACGUUCACUACGUCGACGCUCAUCGCCGCGUAUUGCGUCGAGGACGCUAUUUGGCUCGCGAGUAAUCCUACUGGCGCGAUGAGGGGGGUGAGGUGUGAUUGGGUCUUGUGA